AUGUUUUACAAAUCUGUUGCAUAUUUUACGUUAAUUAUAACUAAUUUGUGCGAUAUUUUUGUUAUAAAUAAGCAAUACGAAAGACUAUCUAAUUCCAAUACCAUUAAAAUACCACCUGUUUUAAACAAGCAUAUUGACAAAUCCGAAAAUAUCGAAAAAACCAAGUUUUAUUUGCUUGAACGGAUUGCUCAAAAAUUAUGUCUUUUACUGUUGGUUAGUACAAUCUUUUUAAUACCCAACUUUUUACCAUGGUUGUGGCUUAAAUCAUCUGAAUUGAGACCUUAUUUGGAUGUUCUAAUGAAGCUAUCAGAAAGGGAAAUUGCUUUUGAUAGAAGGCAGAAACACAAAAAUGAGGCUGAAUAUAUAAACAUUUCAAUUAAUAUUUUUUUUUCAUCCUUAUUCUGUAUUUGGCUUAUAAUACUAAAGGUGAUCUCUGUGUUUUUGGGUAAGUUUUUGUUUUAUUAUUAUUAUCAUUGCCAUUAUAAUAAAGUGUUUGCCACUGCCCUAAAACCUAUCCCAAAUGAAAAAAAGACCAAUAAGUUGGUAACUAUAAUUUAUUUUAUUGUAAUUACUUUCUAUAGUAUUAAUAAUACUUUUAACAUUAUUGUUGCCCUCGAAACUAAAAAUCCUUCCAUUGUAUAUGCUCCAUUGUACACAAUAAUUAUCUCAUUCCCAUUUUUAUUAAUUGUAUACAUUAUGUUUUUCAGUUUCCAAUUGAUUCCAAAAAGAAAUGUGAAAAAACUAGGUGAAAAAAACCUAAAGUUACGUCAAGACAUAAUGGAAUUAUGCAACAAUAAUAAAGAAUAUGGGUUACGAGGCAAAGUAUCUGACAUUUAUAUAACAAACCCCACUAACAAUACCCAGGAUAUAAUUGAAUUGUGUGGAUUACCUUUGAAGAAAAAGAAACUUUAUUUGACCGGGAAUAUUUUUGAGAGUUGCUGUGAUACAGAUAAAACAGAAAAAGAUGAUCAAAUAUUUGCAUUGGUUUUAUUCCAAUUGUUAAGGAAGAAAGAAAAGAUUAAAAAAAAUUUUUUUCCAUUCAUCUCGGCAUUAUUUGGAUUAUUAAUUCUUUUUGGAAUUUUCUUUUUGGUGCAGGAAAAAUAUGAGUUUAUUCUUGCUAGUUUUGGGUUUGUUUUAGGAAAGGGUAGCGACUACUAUUCAAUUGAAAGUUUAGGCAUGAAAUAUUAUCCACAAAUAGGAAUAUUCAGUUAUUCAUUAAUCUUUUUUUAUCCAUUAGUCAAAUUGUGGUUUACAUUGUUUCGUUGGGUUAACAAAAAAAGGUAUUAUAAGCUUUUAAAAGCUGUUAUUGAUCAGGGUUAUGGAUUAGAAUUAUAUGAUGCAUUCGUAAACUGUUACUUUAAAAAGAGAUAUAAUAAUGAGAACAUAUUAUUAUUAGAUUCAGAUCCUUUGUAUACUUGUUAUUAUAGUGCAAGUACAAUCGAAUCAUACGUGUUUUUAGAUAGUAUUUUAGGACUAGAGCCAAGGGAAGAUGUAAAACAAGAUAUGGGAUAUAAAUGA